AUGGCAACUCUUGAAGACUCUUUCCUCGCAGACCUUGAUGAUUUAUCUGACAAUGAAGCAGAAUUGGAUGAGAUGGAUGGUGAGACUGGAAAAGAGGAAGAUGAUAUUGACAUGGACAUGGCAGACUUAGAGACCCUUAACUAUGAUGAUCUCGACAACGUUUCUAAGCUACAGAAAUCUCAGAGAUAUGCCGAUAUAAUGCAGAAAGUGGAGGAGGCUCUUGGGAAAGAUUCUGAUGGAGCAGAGAAAGGAGCUGUGUUAGAAGAUGAUCCUGAGUACAAGCUGAUCGUGGAUUGCAACCAGCUCUCAGUCGACAUUGAGAACGAGAUCGUCAUAGUCCACAACUUCAUCCGUGACAAGUACAAGCUCAAGUUCCAAGAGCUCGAAUCGCUGGUAAACCACCCGAUCGAUUACGCCCGCGUUGUGAAGAAAAUCGGCAACGAGACGGAUUUAACACUUGUUGAUCUCGGAGAGCUUCUUCCAUCUGCUAUUAUCAUGGUUGUUUCAGUCACUGCUUUGACCACGAAAGGGAACCCUCUGCCGGAGGACGUUCUUCAAAAGACUUUAGAGGCUUGUGACCGAGCUCUGGAUCUUGAUUCCGCGAGGAAGAAAGUUCUUGACUUUGUUGAAAGCAAGAUGGGAUCUAUAGCGCCGAAUCUUUCCACCAUUGUUGGAAGCGCUGUUGCAGCCAAGCUCAUGGGUACAGCUGGAGGUUUGUCAGCGCUCGCUAAGAUGCCUGCUUGUAACAUCCAAGUUCUUGGACACAAGAAGAAGAAUCUUGCUGGUUUCUCUAGCGCAACGACGCAGUCACGUGUCGGGUAUCUAGAGCAGACUGAGAUUUUCCAGAGCACUCCUCCUGCGUUUCGAACGAGAGCUAGUAGGCUCUUGGCUGCGAAAUCGGCUUUAGCUGCGAGAGUCGAUGCGUCUAGAGGAGAUCCAGCGGGAGCAGAAGGAAAAGCUUUAAGGGAGCUGAUACGUAAGAAGAUUGAGAAGUGGCAAGAACCUCCUCCCGCAAGACAACCUAAGCCACUUCCCGUUCCUGAUUCCGAGCCUAAGAAGAGAAGAGGUGGUCGCCGUCUAAGGAAAAUGAAAGAAAGGUAUGCAGUGACGGACAUGAGGAAGCUUGCCAACAGGAUGGCGUUUGGUACACCUGAAGAGAGCUCUCUAGGUGAUGGAUUAGGUGAAGGAUAUGGAAUGCUUGGUCAAGCUGGGAGCAACAGGCUUCGUGUGUCCAGUGUUCCAAGCAAGCUGAAGAUCAAUGCGAAGGUCGCUAAAAAGCUCAAAGAAAGACAGUAUACAGGUGGUGCUACUACCUCUGGUUUGACGUCAAGCCUUGCGUUUACUCCUGUUCAGGGAAUAGAGCUGUGCAAUCCUCAGCAGGCUCUAGGACUAGGCAGUGGGACUCAGAGCACUUACUUCUCCGAGUCAGGAACCUUCUCAAAGCUCACCAAACCCUCAAAGAAGAUUUGA